AUGUCAUCUUUUCGAUAUCCGACCAUUACUCGCAGUGGACGGGUGGACGUUAAAAAAACCAGUUUAGGGUUGAAUUGGAAAGGGUGGAAAGAAAGAUGGCUGGUCCUCAAAUCUAGAACGCUCAUUGCCUAUAAAGAUGCGAACGAGGUCGAGAUCUCCUUUUACAUUCCUCUCAAUACGUUGAAGCGGCUGGAACACCGAGGUCAACGAUGUGUGUUACUCGUGACUCGAGGUUCUCAGUACUACCUGUCGUUUGACAGCAACAGUCAGUUGGUUGGCUGGUGUAGCGAUAUCCAGGAUCUGAGUACCAGUGGUUUCCCGGAAGACCUUUUCCCGUCACCAACAGAUGACUUGGAACAGAGCAUUGUAGAUCAGAUUAUAGAGGAGUACUGGAGCCCAACUUCGGAUUCUUCGCUGGACAAUAUCUACCCAUGGGACACGAACCCGAGAUCUGAAAUCACAGAGAAACCACCUGCGAAACAAGUGAAGCUCCAAGUUGAACAGCGCGUCCUCAUCCGAAAAGCUAUAUCUCUCCUUUGUCACUCUAUGGAACCACGCUUGUUGAGAAUAAGUGACCCUGGGGGCACAAAAGCUUUCGAUCUGGUCGAACUCCGUCUCAGAGCUCUUCUUAGGCUCAAAAGAAGAUGGAAGAAACAAAUAACCCAAGACGAAUUAGAUGCAGAAGAAAUGCAUGCCUUCUCGGAAGCUCUCGUCGACGGUUAUGUCCUGUGCCAACUAUUCAAUACACUGCAUUCAAGUCCCAUUAUUCGUCCUGAUAUUCGAGACACAGUCAAUGUUGCGAAAUUUCGGUCUCAGUGCGCUGAUUGUGGACUAUCUCCCAAGGAUAUCUUUUUCUCCGGUGACAUCGAGGAAGCGUCUCCCGAGUCUUUGACCCGAGUUGCACAAACAAUCACUGCCUUGGUGAAGGUGGUAGGGGAUACUUCGUCACGCAUCGCCACACGAAACGCUCUUGUGAAGUUUUCGGACAAUGAUGGUCCCUCUGGGAGUCCUGGAGCUGAUAUAUCUAUUGUUGAGAUUUGGGUAGACAGAUUUAUUGCGACUCGAUUGGAGAAGCCAAGUUUACGGUUCGACUCCGAAAGUGAAUUCGCACCCGCUUCUAGGAUUCAUAGGAUGGGAUUGAAGGGUACGACCACCGGCGCAGCCAUGAAACCCAAGAUCUACCAGAACCUUUUUGGUCUCGUCGCUGACAUUGUAGCGCAGUCUACUUAUCGACAAAGUACCAGCUUGAAAAGAGCCCUGGACAACCUCUACCGUUUUAUGUCAUGUCUGGAUUCUAUUUCAAGCCUUGUUGAAAGUCGCCAGUACCGCCUCAGAUUACUCCAGAUAUCGGCCGAAUUCAAACUCGAACCGACAGAUAAUAGAAGACUUCGGGAUGCUCUGCGGAAAGAUGAUCAAUAUAUCGCAGAGUUUCUGGCAACAACUCUUGAAUCUGAUGGUUGCUCUGAAGUUUUUUUGGGUCUGCAGGGAGAAGAUGCGCAGAACUGCGUUGAUUUGAUUCAAGACAUUCUCGAUAAGGCUUCACCUUCCGAUACUGGACUGUUCAAUGCCAAAGAACCUGAAAAGGAUGGCACGGACUUCAAACACCAUGCAAAGCGUCUACUUGUCAAGCUGUCAGAAUCCCAAGGUAUCUUGCCCGCUUGUUUAUUCAUCAAAGGCGUGGGACAGCGAGACUCGGAAGCAUUCUAUGGAGGUACUUUCGGCGAUAUCUACCGAGCGAGGUAUUGCAACGAAGAUGUUGCUUUGAAGCGAAUCAGGGUCUUUCAGAAUACGACGGACCGACACAAGAUAAUUCGAGGUCUUUGUCGUGAAGGUCUGCUGUGGCGAACUCUGAAGCAUCCCUACGUUUUACCCUUCCGCGGGAUGGAUGCAGAAACGUUCCCUUCUUUGCUGUGUAUAGUAUCGCCCUGGAUGAAGAACGGAACGAUGCUAAAACACUUACGGGAGAAUGGGCACGUAGAUGUCGAAAAAAGAAUAUUUGAGAUUGCUCAGGGCCUUGCAUAUCUUCACUCACAGCACAUCAUUCAUGGCGACCUCCGUGGGUCCAAUAUCUUGGUUGACGACGAGUGGCAUGCACGCCUAGCUGAUUUUGGGCUAGCUGUCUUUUCCGACGCUACCGUAGGCACCAAUUCAUCACAUCAUGCAGGUUCCGUUCGAUGGAUGGCACCCGAGUUGCACCACCCGCAGUCAUUCGGAUUGAAGUACUUCCGGAGAACUUUCGCUAGUGACGUUUAUUCGUUCGCUUGUGUUUGUGUCGAGCUGUACACCGGAAAGCCCCCUUUCGCUGACAUCCCCCACGACCCUGCUGCCCUAUUGCAAGUGAUGGCGGGGAACAGGCCAAGCAGGCCGUCCCGUCCCAAAUCACAAUCGGGUUCAGGGGAGAAUCGGGCUGUUAUGCCAGAUUACCUGUGGGACCUUGUCCAACUGUGCUGGAGUCACAACCGUGCGCAACGACCCUGUAUGACAAAGGUUGUGGCUCUUAUGCAGGCUGGAAAUGCAGAGUUGGUCCCUGUAGAGCCGCCUCCCUCGGAAAUUUUUGACAUGGACGUUUCGUUACACGGAUUAGCCCUAUCGGGCAAGCCGGGACUGGUCAGAGGUCGCAAAGGAGUGAGACGGACCAAGGGCAGUCGCUCCUUUUGA